AUGGUCACAGAAAACGUAAACCCUCGAUAUCCGCCUCCCUCGGCUGAUUUCGACCUUCCCGGCCGGCGCAGAGUUCCCCACCCACCACGAUUGGAGUCUUUAGUCGAGCCACGAGCGCGAACUGCAAAUUCCGGUCCGAGGUCCUCACCUCACUCUCCCCGUUCGACACAUCGCCAGAGAUCACGUUCGCCUCUACCACAGCCUCAUAACCCGCAUGAAUACCCCUGGCCACCCACUCCACCUCACCAUGGUUCCUCGCAGGGUACGCGAGGCGAAUGGAAUACCCCUAGGCCUACCGGUCGCCCUCAGCUAUACGCCACACCACCUGAAACCCAACCCUCGAAUUGGGCGCCGCGAGAUGAAUACGAACGGCCAAUGCAUCGGAAACCUAUGCCUGCGCGAGGGGGGCUCCGUAUAUCCAUGUCAACAUCUAGGUUGAAUAAUAGGCGCCCAAGGACGCAGGAAUCUAUGGACCGCCGCCCACAGGACUUGAGCCCUCAGGGAGUGCCUCUGUCGCGCUUCCCAACAAAUGGGCCCGCCGACGAAAAUAAUUCCCGACCAAGCGUCAAUUCCUCCGACACCUGGCGCUCAAGCAUCGAACAAGCAAGCGGAACAGAGCGGAGCAGUGUCCUGACCAAGAGCAGCUCGAUCACCGACCUUUCACCCGAUACCCCCGACGCGCCUUAUGGGAUGGACAAUGGGAUGAGUGUGGAAGACGCGAUUUCCAUGUAUCUUGAUGGCUUCAGCGACGUGACUGAAGAACCUGGCUCGCCAAAAUCCCACACAGGGAGUAAAGCGCCAUCAGUAACGCCUCCACCAUCACGCGAUUCACAUCUGGAUGAACGAGAAUUUCCGUCGCUGAGCGACGUUCCGCCGAUACCCCCGAUGCCAGAAUUUACCAUGCCGCAAGACACAAGGGCAGAUCCAUUGUUUUUGCCAAACUUGACUUAUUCCGAACCCACACCCCUACCCCCUAUACUCCCAGAAUCCCCGCCAGAGUUCACACCAUUGGAACCUACGCUGUCAGAACAUUCUGAACUGGACCCUUCCGACUCUGGUAUACCAGACUCUCCGCGCAAUCUCACUCCUUCCCCAUCGCCCCCAUCGCCAGUAGCCGAAACGCCUGAAGUGCAUCAUGUACACCAACGACAGGCUUCGAAAAAAGUGUUUAUUCCCGGAUUAGUGCCGCCACAACUCCGCUCUGGAAACGGUCCUCGGGAUGAUUACGGAUUUCGCAAAGCUACCCAGUAUGUAAGCCUGGAUGAAUACGAGACCUGGAAAGGGUCCUACUCCAACCAUGUGACGCAGCGGAGAGCCAAAUGGUGUGAAUUGCUCAAGGAACAUGGGCUACCCACAUCAAAUGCCACAAAGUUCCCGCCACAGUCUUCGAAGGUCAAGCGAUUUGUUCGCAAAGGAAUUCCUCCAGAGUUUCGAGGUGCGGCUUGGUUCUAUUAUGCCGGCGGGUACGAGCUUUUGAACCGGAACCUUGGCCAAUAUGAUGAACUUGUUGGGGAAGCUAUGAGCUCACCAAGCAACGAUGACAAGGAGCACAUCGAGCGUGAUCUCCAUCGUACAUUCCCCGACAAUCUUCAUUUCAAACCGGAGGUCACUGAGCAGGUACAAGAUUCGGGGAGCAAUCCGAAUUCUUCUAAUGUCACCACGGAGACGCAGAUGAUUCAGUCCCUACGUCGAGUUCUGUAUGCUUAUGCGCUGCAUAACCCGAAAAUUGGAUAUACCCAGUCUCUGAAUUUCAUCACGGGAAUGCUCCUCCUUUUCCUCCCCGAGGAAAAAGCAUUCUGGAUGCUGCAUAUCAUCGCUGCAGACUACUUGCCUGGAACCCAUGAAAUCAGUCUGGAGGGUGCCAACAUUGACCUCUGGAUUCUCAUGGUCUUGCUCAGGGACUCCAUGCCAGGCAUAUAUUCCAAGAUCGCUGCCAUGGGAGGGACCCCGUCCGGACGGGGCAAAAUGCCUCCCCUAACAGUGAACUCUCGGCUGCCGGACAUAACACUGGGACUGACCAACUGGCUCAUGUCAGUUUUCAUCGGAAGUUUACCUCUGGAGACCACGCUCCGAGUUUGGGAUGUUUUCUUUUAUGAAGGCUCCAAGACUUUCUUCCGUGUGUCUUUGGCAAUCUUCAAAGCAUGCGAAAAGGACAUCCUCGGCGUAACAGAUCCCAUGGAAGCAUUCCAGAUCGUCCAAACCAUCCCUAAAAAGCUGUUGGACGCCAACGCCUUGAUGGAUGAAUGUUUUGUACGUCGGCAUCGCGUCGGACAAGGUCGUAUCGAAGAACUCCGAGCUCAACGCCGGACGGCUAUCCGCGAAGAGAAAUUGCGACGAUCAGUAGCCUUUGGCAAAGGUCAGCUUCAUUCCAAGACGGAUGAGUUCACUGGCCGCAGCCGCACACCGAUUCCGGGCAUCGAGCACCGGGUCGUGGGUUCCUGGCGUCACUUGAAACAACAUGCAUUUCGAUAA